AGUCUCGAAAACCCAAGGACAAUCCACUCUUUAUUAUCCUCUUUUAUAUUUGAGCACUACUCACUCACUCAUUCGGUAAAAUUAAAUUAGGGUUUCGUUUUCUUCUUCUUCACCCCACUGUCACUGCGCAAACCCAGUUCUCCCCGCUUCUGAUCUUUACCUAUUUCCCGCCAUUUCCCGCGCUUGAUUUCCGAGAUUUUGAAUACUAGCCGUUAGAUCUGCCAUUUUCAUAUUAAUAUUUUUUUUUCAGUUUCCAAAAAAACCUUUGACCGUUGCUCUCGCCGGAGUGAACGGGAAAUGUCUGCAUCCGAAGCGGAGAAGAAGGUCGAGGAAGAGGAGGUUGUGAAAGGGGGAGAGCUCUUGUUCUGCGGUGCCACGUGUUGGGAUAUCAUUGGUCGUCGCAGAGGUUCCGCCGACUCUAACUUGGUCUCUCCCUCGCGCCUCCGUCCUCUCGCCGGCGUUGAUAUUCGCUACGUUGCCUCUGGUUGCGCGUCUUGCCAUUGUGUGGCAUUGGACGUUGAAGGGCGUUGCUAUACAUGGGGCCGUAAUGAGAAGGGGCAACUGGGUCAUGGAGAUACCAUUCAGCGCGAUAGACCAACUGUUGUGUCUGAACUUUCCAAAUACAAAGUUGUCAAAGCUGGAGCAGGUAGGAGCCAUACGGUGGUUGUUACCGAGGAUGGGAAUUCACUAGCCUUUGGAUGGAACAAACAUGGACAGUUAGGUUCGGGUUCUGUGAAAAAUGAAAUUGAGUUAUCUCCUGUUCGCUGUCUUGUGGCUGAAGUAAAAUAUACUACUUGUGGUGGUGAUUUCACUGUUUGGUUAUCUUCUGUUGAAGGAGCUUCUAUACUGACUGCAGGGCUUCCACAGUAUGGGCAGCUUGGCCAUGGAACAGAUAACGAGUAUAAUUCCAAAGACAGCUCUGUGAGGUUGGUUUAUGAAGCCCAGCCACGCCCACGAGCAAUUGCAGCUCUUGCUGGGGAAACAAUUGUCAAAGUGGCAUGUGGAACAAAUCAUACAGUGGCGGUGGAUAAGAAUGGCUUUGUCUACACGUGGGGUUUUGGUGGUUAUGGAAGGUUAGGGCAUAGGGAGCAGAAGGAUGAGUGGGUCCCACGUCGUGUUGAUGUUUUUCAGAAUAGAAAUAUUUUGCCCCCUGAUGCAGUUAUUUCAGCUGGUUCUGUGAAUUCUGCAUGCACUGCAGGUGGAGGGCAGUUGUAUAUGUGGGGCAAAAUCAAGAACACUGGCGAUGACUGGAUGUAUCCUAAGCCUCUAAUGGAUUUAAGUGGUUGGAAUAUACGAUGCAUGGAUUCAGGCAACAUGCACCAUUUUGUUGGGGCUGAUUCCUCUUGCAUAAGUUGGGGACAUGCUCAGCAUGGAGAGUUGGGAUAUGGACCUACUGGACAGAAGUCUUCAGCUGUACCCAAGAAGGUGGAUAUACUUGAGGGCAUGCAUGUCUUAAGUGUUGCUUGUGGUAUGGGUCAUUCCAUGGUGGUGGUUGAUAGAACAAAUGUUGCUGAUCGACUUGACCAGCUUGAUAUAUAUGAUGGCAAAACUUUUGGUGAAGGCAAUGAGGUCAUAAACACAAUUCCAGUGCCUAAGCAGGCUGCAAAAAAAGGUGUGAAAGGAGCUGACAAUUCGAAGAAGCGGAAAAAAUCAAAAGACUCAUCCGAAUCAGAUGAGGAAGAGGAUGUUGAAGAUAGUGACAAUAGUGAGGAUCAAGUUAAUGGUGAGGGUGAGGUGAAAAGGUCACGUAGUUCUGGUAAAGGCCGAGGUAAGUCAUCAAAGAAGUCAGGUGCGGUGGAAAAAAGCUCUGGCCGUGGGCGGGGUCGAACUCCAGCAAAUAAGAACAGUUCUAAAUCAGCUCAAGUGAAAUCCAGUAAGAGAGGAAGACCCCGUAAGUCAUGACUUGGAUUUUUGUUGAAAAUUUUGUUCUCUAUACACCUAGAGAAUUGUAGUAUGUAAUUCAUUGGCCGGUGAUUAUACCUAAUGUUUCAUUGUUACUAAAUUUUAGUCUGGCUAACUACUUUAUGCAAAUUUUUGAAAAACAUGUUAAAUUUGCAGACUUUUUUUUAAUGCAGAGGCAAGAAGUGCCAAGCUUGUUAUAAAUUUUUGUUAAGGGGAAAUGCUUUUAUUGCUUCAGUUUCCAUUAGCCUUUAGAUGUGCCCCUUUUAUUAGGCCUUAAUCUAUUGGUUUGGUGACCUGUGGAGGAUAUUUGUCGAUGACGUUUGAAGCGGAAUAAGUGGUUUUAAUCUUUAAUCUUUUUUGUAUUAUACCUUGUAACGUAAGUUCAAAUCUUUUAAAGAGAUUCUUGCAGUGGUAUGGAUAUGGACAUCACCUUCUAAUGACCC